CCGCUGCGUCUGCUGCCCUGUCAACCACACCGAGACGAGGCAACAUGGGUCAUACACCGAAGUUUUAGGCGACGAAAAAUAUAACUACCUCACAAUUUUCAACUAAAUCCAGAAAGAAACUGACCAAACAUUGCCAAAGUGGUUCAGGUUGCUGAUAGACUGUGAUGAUGUCAUUCUCCAUGGCCCUGCACCUCACCGCUGUUAUCCAACUCCUGGCGCUGGUGGCCAUAUGUGACCAGGUUACAGCUGAUCACAUCAACUUCUACAACGUCAAACCACCUGUGGAAGCCACUCCAUUCCCUAAGAGCUUCAAGUGCUUCACCUGCGAGCAAGCUGCAGACAACUACAACUGUAACCGCUGGGCUGAGGACAAGUGGUGUCCACAGAAUACACAGUUCUGUAUGACAGUGCACCACUUCACCAGUCAUGGCAAAACCAAGUUUGUGACCAAAAAGUGUGCUGCCAGGGAGGUGUGUCACGCUUCAGGCUGUAGACAUCACAGGGACAUGGGUCACACAGAGUGUGUGUCGUGCUGUGAGGGUAUGAUCUGCAACGUGGAGGUCCCCACCAACCACACCAAUGCUGUGUUUGCCAUGAGGCAGCAGGCUUACAACUCAGCCCCACCCCAGGCCCCUGUGAUGACAGCGUGGGGCUGCUGCUGGUUGACAUUACUCACCACCCUGGGCCUGGGGUUGACCAGACUGGUCCUACUGUGACACUGCUGUCCCUCAGAGCAUGUCCCUAUAGAGGGGACCAGACUAUACCAGACCAGCAUGUUCCUCUGAACAUGGAGGAUGUGUGUUGUUACAAGUGUGGUGGUAAUCUGUGUUAAAGAUGUCACAUAGAUCAAUCGGACAAUCACGAAGGACUACAGCAGUGUCCUAAUGAAUGAUGCUUGGUUUGUUAACAUUGGUUGCAUCUACAUAAGCCAAUGGGACUGGAGAAAGCAUCCAUGGAAUCAAUUGAAUUGGACAAAGACCAAUGGUCAGUUGAUCUAUAGAACUGGAUGUAGCUUGCCAGCUAGUGGAGUUGGCAAGCAGAGGAGUUAGCCGGAAGGGUUCAAGGAGGAUCAUGCCCAUCAUAAGUCUAAUGUCCAUUGCUGAUUCAAAGAUGGAUGCCCAGUGACCGAUCCUUCAAUCAGCCUGGGCCAGAGCCCAAAACUACUAUACGGAGCAUGCCGAAUGAGAUGCUGGAACCUGGAGAUUUUAAAUGUUUCACAGAACAUUCCCUAGGAUUAUUCAUGGUCCUGGGAAUGUUAAUCGUGUGUUCUCUGUGGGAUUUUGCAGCACUGCAGGGCACACAUGGCCCAGGAAUGACUGGACACAUAGGCAUGCCCCAUGCCCAUUGGAUCAGGGAGAACUUUGGGAGAUGAUAGACAUGGAAUCUGGUGUAAAUGUAUUAGUACUUGAUCCAUAGUAUGGCACAAAAUGAAAGCAUUUUGCACUUGAAUGUUUUGUUAAGAAAUAUUGUUACUUGUAUUUUUUUUUAGCAUAACUUGUGAAUAUCCUUAAAUAAAAUGGAAAGAACUAUA